AUGAAAUUAAAAAACCGGUACACCACCAAAACAAAAGAGUUGGUUGUCGAGCCGUAUGAGGCCAUUCAACAAGGAGAUUCUGAAAUGGCGGAGGCUUGGUUCGCUCAAGCCGCUGAGUAUUGGAAACAGGCUAUAACGCUUACUCCUGGUAAUUAUAUUGAAGCACAGAAUUGGUUGACGAUCACGAGGCGCUUCGAAUAA